AUGAACACACGCAAGUCCUGUUUAGUUACAGGCUGUUCCGCUGGUGGAGUUGGCGCAUCCCUUGCGGAAGCAUUCAAAGACAAGGGCUACCAUGUCUACGCAACCGCGCGCUCACCAUCCAAAGUUCCCAGUCCACUACACGACGCAUCCAAUGUUACUGUCUUGGCGCUUGAUGUUACCUCAUCUGAAUCCAUCGCUGCAGUCGCAGAGACCGUCAAGCGCGAGACUGGAGGCAGACUUGACGUUUUGAUCAACAAUGCCGGUCUUGGAUUGGAACUACCUGCCCUUGAUACUCCUAUUGGGGAAGCGCGAAGAGUUUUCGACUCAAACUUCUUUGCUAUCCUUGAAAUGAUUCAGGUGUUUAGCCCCAUGCUUAUCGCUGCCGGGGGGUGCAUUGUGAAUAAUUCAUCUGUUGGCGGCCGUCUUCCCAUUCCAUUUUGCAGCAUAUACAAUGGGACCAAGGCUGCUCUUAUCCAGGCGGGCGAGGGCUGGCGUUUGGAGCUCGCACCCCUCGGCGUGCGAGUUCUCACUUUGAUAACAGGUGGAAUCGCAACCAACUUCUUGAAGAAUCUUCCUGGUGUGGAUUUACCUGCAGAUUCUUAUUAUCUGGGUAUUACAGACAUCAUCAGAAGGCAGCCCGAGAGGAUUCCCAUGAGUAUAUCUCCCGAAGCAUUUUCAAUCGAUGUUGUACACCAGGUGGAAAGGGGGACGACAGGGAAGUAUUGGAUUGGGGGAGGAUCUACACUCGCUCGUUUGUGUCUCUGGCUUUUGCCACAAUGGGCAAUUGAUCGGAUUUCGUACGGUCAAAAGCCAUUUGCUGACGAGUUGGCUGCGACGAAUAAGAAGACUUCUUAA